AUGCCCGCCCGCGUCACUCCUCCUGCAGAAGACGCACGUCCGGGUGCGGCUCCUUCAUCGCGAGGCUGCUCCUGGUUCUGUCACUCUCUCUUCGUGGAGGACCCCGCGAGCCCCAGCGUCUGCCAGGCGGCGGUGGCAACAAUGCAUGGAACUUCACGCACUCCAGCCACCAGCGUGAACGCUGACUCCUGCAUCCCGGCUGGCUUGCGCCUGGGGCCCGUGCCUGGCACCUUCAAGUUGGGCAAGUACCUGUCAGAUCGCAGGGAACCAGGGCCCAAGAAAAAGGUGCGCAUGGUGAGAGGGGAGCUGGUGGACGAGUCAGGGGGCUCCCCUCUGGAGUGGAUAGGGUUAAUCCGGGCAGCCAGGAACCCCCAGGAACAGACUCUGGAAGCUGUUGCUGACUUACCAGGAGGACAGAUCUUCUAUCGAGCAUUACGAGAUGUCCAGCCAGGGGAAGAGCUGACUGUGUGGUAUUCUAACUCUUUGGCUCAGUGGUUUGACAUCCCCACAACUGCAACUCCGACUCAUGAUGAGAAAGGAGAGGAGCGCUACAUCUGCUGGUACUGCUGGAGGACGUUUAGAUACCCUAACAGUCUCAAGGCACACCUGCGUUUCCACUGCGUGCUCAGCGGCGGCGGCGGCCGCGCCUUCCUGCAUCAGGAGCACGCGGCCAGACCCGGCGCUGGCCCGGCCGCAGAAGCCCUUGGCCUCCCUCCGAAACCCACCGCCCCGGACUUGACCGCGCCCCUCCAGACAGGUGCUUUGAGGCCCCAAGCACAGGCCCCUCAACUCGCCCAGGCUUGCGGAGCGCGGGAGAGCAUCAAGCGCGAGGUUUCCCUGGCGCCCCCGGCCACUUCACCGUCCCCGGGCAAGUGGGGAACUCCCAGGAAGAGCAAGGAGCAGCCAGAUCGCACCCUGGAUGCGAGCGGGGUGGCCCGCGCACACAGUCACUUCCUGGGCAUCGUGGGCGGCUCCGCAGCCGGCGGCAGCGGCUUGGCAUUUUACCCCGGCGUGCGUUCGGCUUUCAAACCCACUGGCCUGGCCCGGGCAGCCGCGCAGGGCGACCCCUACCGGGAAGAAGGCGGCGGUAAGGGGCCCGGCCUGGCAUUGGGCCGGCUGCUGGGUGGGGGUCGGGCCGGCGGGCGCCCCAGCAGUGGGGAGAGCCCUUCUGGCCACCACCACCAUCACCACCACGCUCACCACCACCACCACCACCACCCGAAGUGUCUGCUCGCGGGGGACCCGCCGCCACCCGGCCUGGCGUGUCCGGGGGCACUGCGAGCUUUCCCCCUGCUGGCGGGUCACACAGAGGAGGUGUCCGCCUUUAAGCACGUGGAGCGCGCCCCGCCCGCAGCUGCUGCGCUGCCCACCCCGCGCUACGCUGCUCUCCCUGCACCCGGGCUCCCCCUGGAGCGUUGCGUGCUGCCGCCCCUCGACGCCGCGGGUGGGCUCAAAGCCUACUCCAGCGGCGAGUGCAGCCCCCUGCCCGCCGUCAUGCCGGCCUUCACGGUGUACAGCGGAGACCUGCUAUACGGCCCCCCUGCCGCCUAUUACCCGCUCAAGCUGCACUUGGGCGGGCUUCUCAAAUACCCCGAGUCCAUCUCCUAUUUGAGCGGGCCCGCGGCGGCGGCGGCGGCGGCGGCGGCGAUGAGCCCGGCGGAGCUGGGCUCCCUGGCCAGUAUUGACCGCGAGAUCGCCAUGCACACGCAGCAGCUUUCCGAGAUGGCGGCCGGGAAGGGUCGCGCCCGCCUGGACUCGGGGACUCUGCCUCCGGCCGUAGUGGCAGCGACAGGCAGCGGCGGCGGGGGCGCAGCAGGCAAGCCCAAGACGGGCCACUUGUGCCUCUACUGCGGCAAGCUGUACUCGCGCAAGUAUGGGCUCAAGAUCCACAUGCGGACGCACACGGGCUACAAGCCGCUCAAGUGCAAAGUGUGCUUGCGGCCCUUCGGCGACCCUAGCAAUCUCAACAAGCACAUCCGACUGCACGCGGAGGGCAAUACACCCUAUCGCUGCGAGUUCUGCGGCAAGGUGUUGGUGCGCCGCCGGGAUCUGGAGCGUCACGUCAAAUCCCGCCACCCGGGCCAGAGCCUGAUGGCCAAGGCGGGCGACGGCCAGGGCGCGGAACCGGGCUAUGCCCUGGAGCCUGGGGAUCCCAAGAGCGAGGACAGUGAUGUGGACGUCUGCUUCACCGAUGACCAGAGCGACCCUGAGGCUGGGGGCCGAGGCGAGCGCGACUGCUAA